UCUCUCUUCCCUUCGUCUUCGAGAUGUCCAAGUCCAAGAACCACACCAACCACAACCAGAGCGUCAAGGCCCACCGCAACGGCAUCAAGAAGCCAAAGUCGAACAAGUACCCUUCGCUCCGCGGUGUCGACCCCAAGUUCCUCCGUAACAUGCGCUUCGCCAAGAAGCACAACGUUCUGCACGCUGGCGACAAGAAGCAAGAGUAAAAACCAGACCGUCCCCUCCUGGUUUUUGAUUUUCGCGUCCUGUUAAAAAGCCCCCCCCCCUGCCCUCCUGGUUCUUGGUCCCCCUUCAUGAGCUGAUCCCAGCGAGUGUGGCUUGCUUGCUUUGCAACCAAGCGGAUUUGUUUUCGUGUGUGCUUGUUCUGUGGCAAAUCACAAGCGUUGGACUUUUUU